AUGGCAACAUGUGCGAAAGGUAUUGGACGAUUGUCGUCAAGAAGACAGCCAUCGGUCUUGGCUCAAGCGUACCGCAGGAGAGCAUUUUAUGAUGUGAACAAUGUCCGAAUGGCUUCGUCAGCUGCCGCUGUGGCCGCCACUGGGACUGAAAAGAAAGAUACCGCCACAACGAAUGCAGAAGCCAAUUACCAAAUUGUGGCGGAAGUGGGCGAUUUCGACACUACCCAAGCCAAUCGCCCCGAUUUCGAGCACUCGAAUAAGCCCAUCAAUGUCACCAAAUCUCCCAACCCAGACUGGGCAUAUGGGCAAGGAGUCCCAGACAGCGGUGCCAGUGCUACUAAAAAGCACCGCGAGAUCGACCCCUACGCGCCGGAGCGCCCAAUGAUCAACAACUAUCAUCUACUUGUUUCUGGCAUUGCACCACGCCCGAUUGGAUUCCUGAGCACCGUGUCCGGCGAUGGAAAGACCAAGAACCUCGCCCCGUUCAGCUAUUUUCAGGUCAUUGACCACGAUCCGCCGAUGUUUAUCGUUGGGUUCUCCUCUCGGCCGGGUCGGGUCAAGGAUACUUUCCGCAAUUUGAAAGAAACAGGCGAGGUAGUCAUUAAUACAGUCUCGGAGAACAUGAUCGAGGCAGUCAAUGCCACUUCCAUCGAUGCGCCGUAUGGUGUUUCCGAGUGGGAGAUAUCAGGUCUGCAUGAGGCGCCUACGACAACUGUUAAGCCUGCCCGUGUUCAGGAGUCUGUGUUCUCCAUAGAAGGGAAAGUGGUUGAUAUCAAAGAGUUCGAAGACCAUAUCAAGCCUGGGAUGAGCAUUGCCUCACUGGUGCUUAUCAAGGCGACCCGAUUCUGGGUUCGAGAGGAUGCUGUUGAUUCAGAGUUUAGACACAUUGACCUGAAUCAAUUGCGGCCUUUGGGACAGCUGGGUGGUAUCUCUUAUGGGCGGGUUACUUCCGUAUUUGAACUGCCCAGGAGACGAUGGAAUGAUGAAUAUCCACAGAGUGAGCUACUGACAAGAUUGGAGGAGUCGAAGACAGAGACGAAAUAA